AUGGCUGAUCAAGGAUUGGAAGGAAGCAAUCCAGUGGACCUUGUCGAGCAUCCUUCAGGGAUUGUCCCAACUCUCCAGAAUAUUGUGUCCACUGUGAACUUGGAUUGCAAAUUGGACCUCAAAGCUAUAGCUCUCCAGGCGAGGAAUGCAGAGUACAACCCCAAGCGAUUUGCCGCUGUUAUCAUGCGAAUUAGAGAACCGAAGACAACCGCAUUAAUCUUUGCAUCCGGUAAAAUGGUUUGCACUGGAGCCAAGAGUGAAUACUUUUCAAAGAUGGCUGCAAGAAAGUAUGCUAGGAUUGUCCAAAAGCUUGGAUUUCCGGCAAAAUUUAAGGAUUUCAAGAUACAGAAUAUUGUAGGUUCUUGUGAUGUCAAGUUCCCUAUAAGACUUGAAGGUCUUGCAUACUCUCACGCCGCUUUCUCAAGUUACGAGCCUGAGCUGUUUCCAGGGCUGAUCUACAGAAUGAAAGUACCAAAGAUUGUGCUACUAAUAUUUGUGUCUGGGAAGAUAGUCAUCACUGGAGCCAAGAUGAGAGAGGAGACCUACAAGGCCUUUGAGAAUAUAUACCCGGUCCUCACAGAGUUCAGGAAGAUUCAGCAAUAG